AGGCGGGCUAUGGACUAAAAGUCCCAAGAAACACACUCAUGACCACAGAGUGUCAACCGAAUUCUCAUGUGAGUCCUAAAACUUACCUUUUGGGACCAUAUCUACAUUUUAUUUGUACGUUCGAGGUGGGGAGCAGACAUACAGAUAAGUGUACAUUUUGUACAAAUGUUUGUCGUGGGAACUGUCGCUUUGUGGUGAAAGUCUGUGGCCACAUGCAUGUGCGUGUGUGGUGCGCACCGUGGGAUUGUCUGCAUCAAGAGUGAAGAGACUGUCAAGAAGAAAAACACCGAGCAGGGUGGGAUGAGACCUUUCGUGUAAGCCAUGAUGUCAGAAGGAAGACAAAGAAGAAUGCAAGACAAUGAACGGAGCACGCACCGGUUUACGCUUGCUUACCUUCUCCUCCUGGCUUCACCGUGCACAUGCUUCCUCCCCAACUUCUGGUCACGGGUAUUGACGCUGUCCUGGGACUCGUACACACACCAGUACAUCACUGAGCAGGCCAUCCUCAAUGUGACCCUGGACACUCUGCAACAGCACCAAGGUCACCAUGAUGAGAAAAAGGACAGACUGGGACGAAGCUUCUGGAGGGCUGUGGGGGAGGUGGUUCACUCCAAUGCUGAAAUGGACUUCCUGAGCUCCACUAGGUCUGACCCCGUGUACCACUUUGAUUCCGAGCGGGUUGAGAGCGCAGUGGCAAUGCUGCGACAGUUCUGGGCUCAUACUCUGCUGUCAGUGCGGGCCAAUGAGUACCAAAGUGCUCGUCACAGCUUGGGACAACUAUUUCACUCCCUGCAGGACUUCUACAGUCACAGUAACUGGGUGGAGAUGGGCCAGCGCUCCAUUUACCUCCACUUGCUUCAGCCAAAGGAGCCAGCUAUCCCUGUAGCUGAAGGUGAUGCAGACUUAUACAGUAUCUACAUUAUCUUUACAAUGUUUCUCUUGUUUGGUCUUUCUGUAAUGCAUUCAUGUGCAGGUUGACGAAAAGUCUUGCCAGAACUAUCGAAUAAGAAUCAUGAUUUGUCAGCAGAAAGGCAGUUAGAGGGGAUGGAGAGAGAUAAAUAGACACAAAAAGAUCUUAAAGACUAGAGGAAAUGUAGACACAAGGCAUUACG